UUAAUUUUAAAUACAAAAUUAAACAAAUAAUAUUGCUCAAUUCAUAUAUAUUGGCCACAAGAGCACAAAACUUAGUUAAAAAGUUUACACACACUACACAAUUAUAAAAAACACCACCUCAAAUUGGUCAAUGGAGGAAGAAACCCUCCACUCCUCCACCCCAAUUUUCCGGCCAUCGGCGGCACACGGCCGGCGAACGCCUUCGUUUUCGUCGUCAAAUUCUUCGUCAUUGUCCUUCACCGAAGAAUUCUACCAAUUCAGUCCGAUUUCGACGAACACCCCACUAAAAUUCAAAGGAGUACCGUUCUCGUGGGAGCAAAUCCCCGGAAUCCCGAAGCACCGGCAAUUAGUAGGCGGCGGGUCGUCCCAUAUCAAGAACGGAGAAUAUUCCACCACCGAGCAUCUCCUCCCAUUGCCGCCGAAUUCCUCCGGGAAGAAGCUCGGCCUACACCAAGAAGAGAUCUCUCCCAAGAAAAGCAAUAGGUUCCAAAGAGACGACGAUCCGUUCUUCGCGGCGCUAGUGGAAUGCUCGAAAGACGAUAGUAGCAUCAUAUCGAAGAAUAUUACGAGGAGUUUAAGCGAUAGAUUCGGGUUCAUAAACAUGUACACUUCUUGCAAGAGAAGUUGUAAUGUUUCUGAAUCAAUUGUGUAUCUCCCUAGUAGACAACCUAGCCCACAUUAUCUUCUUAAUCGCCGUUCGAGCUAAGGUUUGGACCAUCAUUAUUAAUUAAUUAAUUAAUAAUUUAUCAAUGUAUGUAUAUUAAUUUAUAUAUAUGGCCUAAAAUAAGUGUAGCUUUGCCAUAUCUAUAGAUUACUAUUAAUAUGUAAUUUGCACUUUAAUUUGUCACACGAAUUAAUUUUCACUCUUCU